UCAACAAAACGAGGUGCUACCCAAUAUUAGGCAGGUGGUCCUAAUGUAUAUUUGUGUUGCAGCAGCGGGAUGAGUGCGGCGGCUCUAGGCAUUCAGAUCGUGGUGGUCUUCUUCCUGGCCCUGUUCCUGCUGCACCGGUAUGGAGACUUCCGGAAGCAGCAGCGCAUGGUUCUGUUCGGCACGCUGCUGGCCUGGUACCUGUGCUUCCUCAUCCUCUUCAUCCUGCCGCUGGACGUCAGCACGACCAUCUACAAGCAGUGUAAGAUAGACCACGAGGAGCCCACCCCCUCCCUCAGCCCUUCAGCCAAUCAAACAGCCGCCAACACCACCGCCAUGCCCACCAAAAGUGCUGUGAGGCCAUGCUAUAAGCCGUGGAGCUACAUCCCUGAUGGCAUCAUGCCGGUGUUCUGGAGGGUCGUGUACUGGACCUCCCAGUGCCUCACCUGGCUGCUGCUGCCCUUCAUGCAGUCCUACGCUCGCUCCGGAGGAUUCUCUAUCACGGGCAAAAUGAAGACGGCUCUGAUCGAGAAUGCCAUUUACUACGGGACCUACCUGCUGAUCUUUGGCUCACUGCUCAUCUACGUGGCUGUUCACCCGGAGUGGCACCUGUCCUGGUAUGAGCUGCAGACCAUCGGGAUCACAGCAGCAAACACCUGGGGUCUGUUCCUUUUGGUCCUGCUGCUCGGGUACGGGUUGGUGGAAAUCCCCCGGUCCUACUGGAAUGCGUCCCGCCACGGACACCUUCUGAUCAAGACCUACUUCAAGGCCUCCAAGCUGAUGACGGAGAAGGCCGACGCUGAGGAGAACCUGGAGGACAUCAUGGAGGAGGUGAGGAAGGUCAGCGAGUCCAUCAAGUACAACCACCCUCUGAGGAAGUACAUUGAUACGGUAUUGAGGAAGUGUCCAUUGGACUACCAGGAGAAGAUGGGCAGGAACAUGGACGACUAUGAGGACUUUGACGACAAACAGAACACCUACCCCAGCGAGAAGAGCCUGGUGAAGCUACACAAACAGGUGAUCUACGCCGUCCAGAGACACAACAGGACCCGGGUACAGUGGCAGAUCCUCCUGCGGCAGGCCCUGCACCUGGAGGACGUGGCCAAAAACGAGACCAGCUCAGCCCAUCAGUUCAUCCACAGCUUCCCGUCCUUAGAGCCCCCCAAUUGGGUCAGCAGAUACCUGUACACCCCCACUACAGAGUGGUACUGGGAGUGUCUCCUGAAGUGCUGGUUCUACAGGUGUCUCUCGGUGGUCCUGAGUGUGUUCAGUGUGUGUGUGGUCUGGUCUGAGUGCACGUUCUUCAGCACCAGACCUGUCCUGUCCCUGUUCGCUGUCCUCAUCCAGCUGGCAGAAAGGGACUACAACUACCUUUACAUCCAGGUGGCAUGUUUCCUCACCAUCUCCUUCCUGUGUACCUGUGUGUACUCCACGGUGUUCAGGAUCAGGGUCUUCAACUACUAUUACCUGGCCCCCCAUCACCAGACCGACGCCUACAGCCUGCAGUUCAGCGGUGUUUUGCCGGUCACCCCCCCUCUGUGUCUGAAAUUCCUGGGUCUGAUCCGGGGCUCUGCCCAUUUUCAUCAAACAAAAAAGAGCCGACAACUACCAACCUCAGGGUCAUGGGCCCCCAUGCGUGUUCUGUCUUUCAUUGCUAACGGCUUUACAUUAUACCCAGGCUAUCUGUUAUUGUGUUUCAGUCUAGGGACUCGCUGCCUGAAUCUCCUGGGCUUCCAGCAGUUUGUGGGAGACAGUGAGAUGACCUCUGACCUCAUCGACGAGGGCCGGGAACUCAUCAGACUGGGGUCAGACUCUAAGAAGAGGAAGCGGCAGAGGAUUGAAGACGGAGAGAACCGGAGGAGAGAGUGGAAGGAGCGUUAUGGUCAGAGGGAGGACACCUCAGUGAGGAGCCAUGAGAUGAAGGAGACGAGUUACAGCGACAGGAACCCCCAGGCGGGUUACUCUCAGAGGGACAACCUUGAGCUGCUGCAGGACGCUGAGCCUCUGGACUACAACGCUGACACUGUGGAGGAGAGCAGACCUGCGGGACGGUAUCUGUCCAUGUCGUCUUCUCGAAGCCGGAUAUUUGACGACGUCUGAGGAGGAGAUUCAUCUCUGUGAAAACAUCUGGAAACAUGGGGAUACAUUUCAAGAUUCAAGACCUGCAGUGUUCCAGGAGCGUGACUGCAGCUCCAGUGGAAUGACUCUAAAGCUGUGUAAUAAUAAUGUCCCAGCAGCCUGCAGCUGCUCUCUCUAUGAAGGGUAUUUAUUCUGUGUAAUGUCAUUCAUGACCUUAAGAUGCUCCUCCUCUUCCUCACUUCCUGUUCAUCCUCUCAUCACUGAUGAAGUGCUUUAUUAGUGAAUGAAAGAAUGAUCAGAGUCAGUUUCAGUGGUGAGGACAACCUGCUGUCUUUACAUUAAUGAUGAAUAUGUUGAGUCUGAGUCUCUGUGUCUCUGAGUCUCUGUGUAUCUGUCUCUGAGUCUCUGUCUCUUAGUCUCUGUCUCUCUGUCUCUGUGUCUCUGAGUCUCUGUGUAUCUGUCUCUGAGUCUCUGUCUCUUAGUCUCUGUCUCUCUGUCUCUGAGUCUCUGUCUCUGAGUGUCUGUCUCUCUGUCUCUGUGUCUCUGUCUCUGAGUCUCUGUCUCUGAGUGUCUGUCUCUCUGUCUCUGUGUCUCUGUCUCUGAGUCUCUGUGUCUCUGUCUCUUAGUCUCUGUCUCUGAGUCUCUGUCUCUCUGUCUCUGAGUCGCUGUCUCUGAGUCUCUGUCUCUGUGUCUCUGAGUCUCUGUCUCUGAGUCUCCAAGUCUCUGUCUCUGUGUCUCUGUGUCUGUCUCUAAGUCUCUGUCUCUGAGUCUCUGUGUCUGUCUCUAAGUCUCUGUCUCUGAGUCUCUGUCUCUGAGUCUCUGUGUCUCUGUCUCUGUGUCUCUGUCUCUGAGUCUCCAAGUCUCUGUCUCUGAGUCUCUGUGUCUCUGUGUUUCUGUCUCUGAGUCUCUGUCUCUGAGUCUCCAAGUCUCUGUCUCUGAGUCUCUGUGUCUGUCUCUGAGUCUCUGUCUCAGUCUGUGUCUCUGUCUCUGUCUCUGUCUCUGUCUCCGUCUCUCUGUCUCUCUGUCUCUGUCUCUCUCUCUGAGUCUCUGACUCUCUGUCUCGGAGUCUCUGAGUCUCUGUCUCGGAGUCUUGGAGUCUCUGUCUCGGAGCCUGUGUCUCAGUCUGUGUCUCUGUCUCUGAGUCUCUGUCUCUGUGUCUGUGUCUCUGAGUCUCUGUCUCUGUCUCUGUGUCUCUGAGUCUCUGUGUCUGUGUCUGUGUCUCUGAGUCUCUGUCUCUGUGUCUCGGAGUCUCUGUCUCGGAGUCUCUGUCUCAGUCUGUGUCUCUGUCUCUGAGUCUCUGUCUCUGUGUCUGUGUCUGUGUCUCUGAGUCUCUGUCUCUGUGUCUGUGUCUCUGAGUCUCUGUCUCUGUCUCUGUCUCUGUCUCUGUGUCUGUGUCUCUGAGUCUCUGAGUCUCUGUGUCUCUGAGUUUCUGUGUUUCUGAUUAUUUAAAUGUUUUAUAUUUGUAUUUCUCUUGAAGCUCUGGUCCAGGAUGUAAAAGUCCACAUGUUAUAUUUCUUCAGCCUUUAUCAUCUGUAAAUACCACACACACACACACACACACACACACACACACACACACACACACACACACACACACACACACACACACACACACACACACACACACACACAAAGAAUACAUAUGUUUAUGUAACAAGUUUUACAAUGGGAGUUCUGCAACAUGUUACAGAAACACGUUAGCAUGUAGUGUUAGCAUGUAGGGUUAGCAUUUAGGGUUAGUAGCGGACAAUGUGUAAAUCAUAGAUGAAUUAAAAGAACAUGUAAAUAUGUAAAAUAUGUUUUGUAUGAUCUGAGCUCCUGAUGACGUGACAGUGUCUCUAUUUCCUGCUGAAGUGUGUCAUGAAUAUUUAUUGAUCUGUGAUCCAUAAGUUAUAAAGAGGAACCAAUAAACAUGUUAUACACA